UGAACGUCCCUAGCCGGCUGAUGCAAGAGCACAAAAGUGAUUUGAGUUCGCCACCUGCCAAAAUAUUAUAACCAAGUUUUGUAAAGAUCCAGUAAAAUUGUCGUAAAUAUGGAUGACGAUAUGAUUUUCGAUCCUUCUUUAAAGAAGAAAAAGAAAAAGAAGACUGGUUUCGACAUGGAUGCGGCUUUGGCUAGUGAACAAGGUGAAACCACAUCUGUUGAAGCGCCCGUCGAGUCGGGUGACGUCGACGUGCCCGAGGACGAAAAUCUUGAUUUAGAUAAUUUUGGUAAGAAAAAGAAGAAAAAAAAGAAGAAUUGGGUCAGCACAGACCGUGACUAUACUUAUGAUGAACUCCUUGAACGUGUAUUCGACAUUAUGCGCGAGAAAAACCCGGCUAUGGUAUCCGGUAAAAAACAGAAGUUCAUUAUGAGACCACCACAAGUUGUGAGAAUUGGAACGAAAAAAACAUCAUUUGCAAACUUUACAGAAAUUUGCAAAACCCUUCACAGGCAGCCAAAACAUUUAUUAGACUUUUUACUGGCUGAAUUGGGUACCAGUGGGUCUGUUGAUGGUAACAGUCAGCUGAUCAUUAAGGGUCGUUUCCAGCAGAAACAAAUAGAGAAUGUAUUACGUCGGUAUAUUAAAGAAUAUGUAACGUGUCACACAUGUCGCUCGCCGGAUACAAUAUUGCAAAAGGACACCAGAUUAUUCUUCCUUCAGUGUGAGACAUGUGGCUCACGUUGCUCCGUGGCCAGUAUAAAGUCUGGUUUCCAGGCCGUAACUGGCAAGAGAGCUGCAAUUCGUGCAAAAAUUGCAUAAAAUAUUUUAUCUAGAUUAUUUAAAAACAAUUCUGUGUGGUACAUUGAUGUUUUGAAAAUCUGAGUUGUGGGACCGAGCAAAAUUUUGUUUUCAAUUGUAAAUUUUGUAAUAAAUGAAGUAAUAAGUGUGCCUGUUCCUGUAUUUAUGAUACAAAUUGGAUCAACUAACAAGAAUAGUUGGUAAUUCAUUCAUUUAAUUGAGAGUUUAUUUUAGAACUUUGAAGUUGUGUUGUCCCUGAAGUAAAUGUACCCCUUCUCAAUAACUAUUAUAUAUUAUACAUAUAAAUACAUUAGUGUAACAUCUGUAUUACUCUUGAAUACACAUUGUUUUUAUA